CUGACUGAUUACGAGCAUGCGGAGCAAAAAGCGCGUCGUGAACGAAAGAACAUCUGGGAAUUUGGAGAUUUCACCGGAAACGAUCUUUAACUUUAGAUUUCUAUUGUUUCUCUUGAUGAGAGCACUCUGCUUACACGCAAAGUUAAGUCCUUCGAUCAUUUCUCAGUCUUUUGCUUGUGAUAUUGUUUUUGGUCUUACGAAGCCCAGACUUGCAUGGUGGAAUGUUACUUUUUUGUAUAUCGACAGUUGUGCUAUUUAAUU